GGAGGAGACCUAACAGUUAAAGAUCGGCUGCAGCGCCACGCCUCCCUGACUCGGAACCUGCUCCUCCGGCGCUCCGUUAGCUGCGCUGCUGCACAGCCGCUUGUCGGUCCAGGACGGGCGGAACAGAACCGCAGCAGGAGCGGCUGAGACGAGCACCGAGGGGGCGGCAGAGGGGGAAAAGCGGCGGAAGGAGAAUGUGAAGCUGCUGGAUGCGGACAGAGAGUGCGCGGCCGGCUACACCGCCUUCAGGGAGGCCUCAGCUCCUGCACCUGUCCCCCUCCGUCUCCGCGGCCAGGCGCAGCGCGGCCAGAGCCACGCUCCUUCAUCCGCCGGGGAGGCGCUCUCUCUCUCACGGCACGGCACCGCCGCAGGCGCGCACACGGGCUCAGACGCAGGGCAGGCAGCAUGACUUCAGCCUACAACCUGGAUUUUCUGCCCGAGAUGAUGGUGGAGAGCCGCCUGCUGGUUUCUGGAGACAGAAUUAACGGCACGGCCGGGAAGAUGAACGGGGCGCUGGAGCAUUCGGAUCAGCCGGACCCGGACGCCAUCAAAAUGUUUGUGGGUCAGAUCCCGCGCUCCUGGUCGGAGAAGGAGCUGAAGGAGCUGUUUGAGCCGUACGGAGCCGUUUACCAGAUCAACAUCCUCCGAGACCGCAGCCAGAACCCUCCACAGAGCAAAGGCUGCUGUUUUGUCACGUUUUACACAAGGAAAGCUGCCCUUGAAGCCCAGAAUGCGCUGCAUAACAUAAAGACCUUAACAGGGAUGCAUCACCCUAUUCAGAUGAAACCUGCAGACAGUGAGAAAUCUAACGCUGUUGAAGACAGGAAGCUGUUCAUCGGCAUGGUGUCGAAGAAGUGCAACGAGAACGACAUCCGGGUCAUGUUCUCCGCUUUCGGACAGAUCGAGGAGUGCCGGAUCCUGCGGGGGCCCGACGGGCUCAGCAGAGGUUGUGCGUUUGUCACGUUUUCCACCAGAGCCAUGGCACAGAAUGCAAUCAAAGCCAUGCACCAGUCUCAGACCAUGGAGGGCUGCUCGUCUCCCAUCGUGGUGAAGUUCGCCGACACGCAGAAGGACAAGGAGCAGCGGCGUCUGCAGCAGCAGCUGGCGCAGCAGAUGCAGCAGCUCAACAGCGCCACCACCUGGGGGAGCCUGACGGGCCUGGGCGGCCUCACUCCGCAGUAUCUGGCUGUAAGAGUCGCUGCCGCCGCGUCGCCCGCCUCCACCCCCUACUGCAGCCCCGUGGCCGGCGCAGCCACACUGCUGCAGCAGGCCGCCUCCUCCGGCAACCUGGGAGCCUUCAGCGGGAUCCAGCAGAUGGCCGGUAUGAGCGCUCUGCAGUUGCAGAACCUGGCCACUUUAGCGGCGGCGGCGGCGGCGGCCCAAAACUCAGCCAGCCCCUCCACCGCCAACCCCCUGUCCUCCAGCGCCGCCUCCCUGGGAGCGUUGGCCAGCCCAGCGGCAAUCCUGCUUUGUUGGCCACGCUUUGAUGAGAUGAAGGCAGCAGGCACAACAGCCAGCUCCAACGCCGGUGCCAUGAACUCUCUGACCUCUCUGGGGACCCUGCAGGGCCUGGCGGGCGCCACCGUGGGCCUGAACAACAUCAAUGCACUAGCAGGUAGCAUCAACAUUGCUCAAAUGCUCUCAGGUAUGGCGGCUCUAAACGGAGGCUUGGGCGGCGCGGGGCUGACCAACGGCACGGCGGGCACCAUGGACGCGCUGACGCAGGCCUACUCAGGGAUCCAGCAGUACGCCGCCGCAGCGCUGCCCACCCUCUACAGCCAGUCCCUGCUGCAGCAGCAGGGCGCCGCCGGCAGCCAGAAGGAGGGUCCUGAAGGCGCCAACCUCUUCAUCUACCACCUGCCCCAGGAGUUCGGAGACCAGGACUUGCUGCAGAUGUUCAUGCCUUUUGGGAACGUGGUCUCGGCCAAAGUCUUCAUCGACAAACAGACAAACCUUAGCAAGUGCUUCGGCUUCGUCAGCUACGACAAUCCAGUGUCAGCGCAGGCAGCCAUUCAGGCCAUGAACGGCUUCCAGAUCGGCAUGAAGCGGCUGAAGGUGCAGCUGAAGCGCUCCAAGAACGACAGCAAACCUUACUGAUCUUAGCUCUAGGUCUAUCUGCUCCCCCAGUUAGCACUGCUAGGGUAAGUCCCCCUGCCCCCAUUUAAAAAAGAACAAAAGUGAUGGUUUAAAAGAAAUGUUUAAAUUAAGUCGAGCCAUGGCCUCUUCACGUGGGGAAUGGGGGAGGGCUGGGUGGUGGGAGGUAGGGGGAGAUGACCUACAACCACCUGAGGGAGACGCACUUUUUUUCUCAUUUUUUGGAAAAAAAUUUUAUGUAAGCCUUCAAAUAUUAUUAUUUAUUACAGCACACACAUGAACACUUCCAUUUCCACCAUUACUUUGUGCAAUCUACUUUUCUUUCUUUUUUCAAAUGGAAAGAAGUUGCUUUUUUUAAAGAAUAGUUUCUUUUACAGUGAUUAUUUCCACAUUUCUAAAGACUAGUUAGAGUCGAAGUCGAGAUGUAGACAAAGGAGCCAUGGUACCGUCUUUUUUUUUUCUGUUUUCUUUUGUCUUAUUUUGAACCCGAAGGCUGAUGAUGGGUUCGCUUUUCAGAUUUUCUCUUUUUUUAAUUGCGCUCGCCAAUAUGCACAUUCGCCUUUUGACCUCCACGGUGUUGGUUGCAGGCCGCCGCUGCUUCUCAGAAAAAAACCCUCGAUGCCUGCUGGCAACCCGGGAGCAAAGGCUGCAAAACAUUCGUGGCCUCUUAACUGUAAAGUUUGCCUGCCGUACAGUUUCUCUCCACCUCCACAAGAAGACAAAAACACACAAAUUUCAGCAAAACAUUAUCAUUUAUGUAAAAAUAACAGUUUUUCUUACUUUUCUGGGUCAGAUCACAUUGGUCUUUUAAGUGAAAAGGAUAUAACAGCAUGUAGAUUUGAAAAGAAUAAAAAAAAACAAAAUCCAGAAUUUGUGGAAGGAAAUAAUAGUACUUAAAAAAUGAGUUUAUGGGUUAAAAGGGUGGGUAACUGAAAAUACUUGAGGUUUGUUGACAGAUUUAAAAAAAAAUAAUUCAAAGUACAGUAAAGCCACAGGCCUGUAAAUUUUAUUUGUAAAAAAAGCAGUUCUAUUUUUAUACAACAUUUUUACUGCCUCAGAUGAAGAAAAAAAAUGAUUUUAUUUAUUGCCUAUCGUUAAGUUAUUGGACUCCUAUAAAGUAAACGGCAUCGCUCAACUAGACCCCUGUGGAGAAACCUCGUGGAAUCAGGUUCUCCCGUGUUUUUUCCUCAGUUUCUUUUUUAAUCCUUUCAUCCGGAUGUGUGUUUUUUUUUUUUUUUCGUUGUUGUUUUUGUUUUUUGCGCAGAAACCACAUCUCAACAAAUUGUGCCGCCAUUCCCCCCCCAGCCGUGUCGUUCUCUGUGAUCCUGACUUUGUCCAUCCGCCUCUUCAUCUGUCCAGAUUUCUGCCUUCGAUUCUGUCGCUGUCCUUUUAAACCUUUAGGUUUCUGUGUGUUUCUGUUUGCUUGUCCUCCCCCCACCAACACGUCCUGUUUGUGAAAUUUGAAAAUACAUUUUUAAAACAGAAGGAAAUUCUAAAAAAUCCCCCCCGCCCCCCUCCCCAAAACAAAACUGGCUCCCCAAAGGGCGACAUCCAUCUGGGAGCUGAUGGAUAAGGCUUUGGGCGCUCUGUGUUUUCUGUGUACACGUGAACGAGUGAAUGUGCGUUGUUGCUCGUAACUAUAGAUCUAUAACAUUAAUGUCAGUUUUCUGGUAUAUAAAGAAGUGUAAAGUCGAUGCUAAAUAAUGCUAAUGAAACCAGCGUGUUGUGUUGCCGUUCUGCCGGUUUGUUUGAUGUUCGUUGUUGUUCUGAUUUUGUUUCUCAUUUUUUUAAGAUGAUGCUGUUGUGGUGUGUUGCUCUGGCUCUCUGUGUGUAACUAUCUCCUCUCCCGUUUUUUCUUUCCCCCUUUUAGAACAACCCAUCUCCAUGCCUGUUAGUUCAUCGUUUGCCUAGCAUGUCUUCGUGGUGUCCAAAAAAAAAAUCAAACAAACAAAAAAAAAACUUUAAACAGAAAAAAAAACAAAAACCCUCCGAGUAAAAAAAAGCAUCAUCGUCCUCUUCCUCCUACCCCGUCAUUGUUUUCUCUGAUGUCUUUUCCGAGCUCACCUGAUCAUAACCUGGUUCUCCUUCUCCUCCACCGCUGCCUACUGAUCUUUUAAGCUUUUUGGACUUUUAAAUAUGAGUCAUUUUUUCAGUUUUGUGUUUCUUUUUCCUUGUUUUUUUAUUGUUUUUGUUGUUUGUUUGCAUGUGACGUCAUUUGGAUCUGUUUUCUGGGAGGGUUUCAGGGAGGGAGCCGAUGAGGGAGUUGUGGGUAAGAAAUUAAAUCAAUGUGAAAAAGAUAUAAAGCUGCAUUCAUAUGAAAUUUAACUAAAAAAGACUGAGAUUUUUAUUGAACAAAUGUUCUUUUUUGGAGUAAACAAAAGACAACCUGUGGUGAAGUGAUUUUCAUUCAGUUUCUUUUCCUGCAUUUUUUUUCCUUCUUUGUGUGAUUUUUAUUUUUCUUUUCUUCAUUUUAACGUAAACUUGAAAGUUCACUACAGGAAUUGGCGCGCCAUCUUGCUUCUGGUCGCCGCGAGAAAACCGCGCCAGAAGCAGUUGCCGCCAGUUUCUCUAAGAAAUAAGACUACUUCCACAGUUUUGAACAAAAACUGUCUGAUCAAUAUUAGACUCUCUGUCAGAGCUCUAUAAUGGUUUUUACAUUUUUCAGGCAGUGUAAAGUUUUUUGAUAAGGCCAUUUUAAGUGGCUCAGUUUCUCAUUCAAAGUCUAUAUAUAGAACCACUUUUUUCUAGAGUAGUUUAAAGGUAAAAAAAAUAAAAUAAAAAAGGACAUUUGCCCUGUUUGGGGGGGAGAAAUGCUACCUACUUGUGUCACCUUUUGCUGAACUGACUCACAGAUAGACAAUCCGUGGUUUUAAAUGCACAUGAUGAAAUUACCUAUAUUUUCUACUGUUUAAAUGUAUAGAGGAAAAAAAAACUACGAUACCUGUAACCCACGUUAACGUCGGUGCUUCUUGUGAGUUUAGUUGUGUUUUCAUCACAAGUCUAACGGUCUUAAAUGUCUCAUGUUUUCUCAAGAGAAGACUAAAAAAUUCAGUUUACUUGAACAAUAGACAAAGCCUUUCAUAUUACUAUAUUAGUUACUUUCUUUUUUAUUUUAUUUCUAAGGAGUCCCUAUUUGCUAAAUCUCUCGUUGGUUAAUUAGCUAUAUAAAAUUCCUAAAAAUAUAUAUAAAUAUAAAUAUAUCUAUAAAUAUAUAUAUAUAUAUAAAACGUCAGCUCGUAAAGCAUCAAUGUCAUUUAUUUUAUUUCUCUCGUGGGAAACAAUAUUUAGGUGUGUUUUGUUGUUCAGCAAAAUGUCUUAUAAGGAAAAAAAGACAAGAUCAGUGGAGUUUAGUGCCAAAUUCUGAAGGUACUUCCUGCCUAGCGCGUCAGUGUAUUUCUUGUGAAAUAAUUUGAUAACAUGGGUAUUUUAUUAUAAGUGUUUUGAAUUGAUCCCUCAUAUUUAAAGUAUAGAUUUAAAAAAAGAGUUUGUUAACUUGCUAUUCUGUGGUCUUGUUGCCUGACAAUGUCAUGUUUGCUUUUUUCUUUGUAAAGAUGUAAAGAAGUGCCCAUGUGUCAUAUAAAUAUAUAUAUAUAUAUAUAACUAUAUCUAUACACACAUAUGCACACAUGGACACACAAACACUCUCGUGCAGACCUCACAGUUUACUUUUUAAAUGUGCAUGAGAGCCCCUGAGCGUGAAAGCCUCUUCAGCAAACCGCUGCCGCCCCCCCGCCAGCGUGCACACUCACAACAAUCACUUUAAUAUUUCUAGCCACUGUACAGCCGUUCCAAUCAUCAAAGCCUUACCACCAAUCUUUGCACUCCUGUUCUCUCUCUUUUUUUAAGCGUCUCGCACGCUCAGACGCAAACGUCAGGCUUCAGCAUCUUUUAGCUUCUCGGACGCCGACCCGGCUGAGAAUAUUGACGCGCGAGUCGUAUGCAAAGCCUUAUUUCUUCAAAUCCCUCAUCUGAUCUCUUAUUGUUACGUUAAAAAAAAAAACUUUUCUGGGUCGUUUGUAUCUGAUGGCGAGGAUCGUUACUGUUUAUCACCUCUGAGGAGCGAACGCUUUCAUGAUGUAAGCACAGGGCAAGACGGUCUGUUUAGGAAAAAGCACACGUCGCCGUCCGCCGGGCAGGAUGGAGGCGGGACGCUCCGCAUUUGCUGCUCAACUCGUUCCCUUCAUUCUCCUCUUUCCUUUUUUCAGAUAAGUAGUUGUGAGUCUUGUCGUGUGAUGGGCCAAAACCGUGUAUAGAUGCCAAAGUUUGUUAUUGACAUUCACAUAGUCGAGCCGUUUACAUGGCACAGCGUUGUCAGUCUAUUCAACUGCCCCCCGCUCCCCCUCCCUGAAAGCCUAGUUUACGGUCUGCAAAAAAGACAAAAAAAGGCAGCAUUAUUUUCUACAGAAGCUCACCAGUCGCCUUAACCAGGGAGAGUUGUUCCAGUAUUAUGAGAGUAGACCAUGUUGUCAGUCAGUGAUAUGUGCCAAGUCCAGGUUCAGUUCUUUGUGCCGUUAAGCCGCCGUCUGUUCGGCUUUCACUCUUCCU